AUGUUCCUAGAAUUCUACACAACGGCUAUAAGCACGACAGGGCCCUCAGCGGCGGAGCUCACAUACGGUAAAUAUGGAUCAAAAAUACUUAACCUCGUUGCUUUCAGUCUCAUGUACCAAACUGGCCAGGCAAUUGGAGGCCUGGUGAUACCACCGUGCUCCGAGCUCUUUGGAAGACGCAUGCCGUAUAUCAUUUCUUGUUCCGUCUUCAGCCUAUCCUGCCUUCUUGUUGGACUAGUCCCUCAUAUCAGUGCAGUCUUCAUAGGCCGAUUUCUAUCAGGGCUCGCAUCUGCCGUUCCCUCGGUCGUCAUAUCAGGAACGGUGGAGGAUAUAUUCGAUUCUGAACGUCGUGUUUGGAUCGUUCUUCUCUGGAACGCGGCUGCGACGGCAGGCCUUGCCUUCGGGCCUGUAUAUGCAUCUUGCAUAUCUGGGGUAGUGAGCUGGCGAUGGAUAUUCCAUACCGCGGCUAUUGUUACUGCAAUCACCACAAUUCUUAUCCUCGGCAUGCGUGAGAGUCGACCAAGCCAAUUACUUCGUAAGAAGAUCAAUAGGCUAGAAUCUGAAUACCCGGGUGUGCAACUCAAGUUUCACUCUGCGGAUCCAUUCCCCGAUCUCGAAUCUUUCAUCUACACUGUUGUCAUUCGACCGAGUAGAAUGAUGGUUACGGAACCAAUUCUCAUCAUCGUCUCAAUCCUAAGUGGAAUAUCGUGGGGAAUUAUAUAUCUCUUCUCAGAGUCCAUAACCAGAGCCUACAUUACCCUUGGCCUCUCUCGAACCAGUGCCACGUUUCCACUCCUGGCCCUGGUGAUCGGUAUCAUUAUCGGCGUGUUCCCACAUAUAUGGGACGUACGCAAGAUACGAGACAAGAAGCGACAACAUAUGCAAAUUCAACCAGAGGACACGAUUAUGGGGUUUGCCUUUGGCACACCAGCACUUGCUGUAGGAUUAUGGUGGUUCUACGGUACGACACCACCGGUUCUCUGGGAUGGCCAUUGGGCAAUUCCAACAGGCGGUUUAGUCUUGGUCGGUCUGGGGGUAAACGAGAUCGCAUACACGUUGAGCGGAUAUCUAACCGAUACCUACACGGUCUAUUCAGCAUCUGCCUUUGCAGGUCUGGCUUUUGUGCGCGCACUGGUUUCGGGGGCUAUGCCAUUGAUUGGAUAUGUCCUCUUCGAUGGCAAACAGAGCAUGGUGCCUGGGUUUGUGAUUGCAGGUAUUGCAACUGCUUUUUGUGUGGUGCCGUUUCUGUUCUUCCGGUAUGGUAGGAGGUUGAGGGAGAGGAGUGAGUUUGCCAAGUAUAGUCUUGAGGUUCAUAUGCGAACUCAAUUGGGGGAGGCUUGA